AUUAAGCUGCUCAAAUCUAAACAUAACGGGACAGUUCUUUUAUUUCAAGAAAAUUUCGUUACCUACCAUUUCGCCUCUUUGCCAUCCUCUUCCAACAUGGCCACUUCGGUGGACGUCGACGAUACAAGCUGGAUGCAAGAGCUGGAGAGCGCUCUCCUUUCAGAAUGCGACCUGAAUACCCUGCGCCAGGUUUCCAAGAUGAAGCCAGUUCCGGAGUGCUUUCGGGCCUACGUUUGGAAGAUAAGCUUGGGCGUCAAAGGUAAAGAACUUGGCGAUUGGGACGAGAUUUAUGACCUUUCGGAGCAGUCACUGAUUAGAAAAGACUGUCAGACACUUGUUGACAGGUUUGGCAACGAUGAAGAGGAGAAGCUGUCUGUAUUAUGUGACCUUGAGUCUGUGCUGACCCGGUUCUGCAAGACCACUGGCCUCCACUAUGAGAGCAGCAAUGGCUGGAUGGAGGUGCUGGAACCCCUCAUUGCACUCCAUCUGUCAAAAGAAGAGCUGUACAUCUGCUUCCAUGCCCUGAUCACCACCUAUGUUCCUAGGCACUGCGUGAAAGAUGGAGCCCCUUUCCACCUUUUGCGACUGCUGCUGUUGUACCAUGACCCCGAGCUGUGUUCGUUUCUCGACACCAUGAAGAUAACCCCAGACUGCUAUGCCCUGCCUUGGUUUCGAAGCCUCUUCUCAUCCACUUGUGACCUGAAGGUGAUCCAGAACAUGUGGGACAUCUACCUUCAGCUGGCUGAUCCAUUCCUUCUAUUUUCUCUCAGCCUUGUGCUCUUGGCAAACACCAAAGAAGAAAUUAUGUCGAGGAAAGGUGACAGCAAAGCUGCAAUCAUAGAACUCAUAUCGUCUGCUCCAUGUGCCUUAGAAGCGGAAGACAUUGAAGAUUUCUGCUCACUUGCCCAGUUUUACUCAACGAGGACUCCCCUGUCUUUUAGUCGGGAACAUCAUGCCAUUAUAUUUGGCUCAGAAGAGUGUGUGGACAGGGACCUUCCCCAGGCAUUGUGCCUACCCGUGUGUGUCUCGGAGCUUGUCACUACAAACAAGUUAGACAGGCAUACAUUGGUGCGCUACUUUGUGGUGGACUGCCGGCCUGCUGACCAGUACAACAGUGGACACCUCAAAACAGCAUUCCAUCUAGAUGCCAGCUUGAUGCUGCAGGAGCCACGUGCCUUUGAGACGGCCGUGCAAGCACUGUUUGCAGCCCAGAAGCAGGCUAUGGAGGCCAACUCGGUGGCAAGUGGCGAGCACCUCUGCUUCAUGGGAAGUGGUCGUGAGGAGGAAGACCAGUAUGUGCACAUGGUGAUUUCGAGCUUCCUCCAGAAGCAUCUACAGUACGUCAGCCUUGUCCGGGGCGGAUACAAAGCACUGCACGAUUUCAUCUCUGAAGACCUGGACUCGUAUCUUGCUGACCACAGUCCUCGGCUAUGCAUCGUCUGUUCCUCCUCCAGCGCCAGCUCUACAAAUGGCAUGGACGACGAUGACGUCUCUUUCCUCGCUAAAGUGCAACAGGUCACAACUGUGUUCAAGAGCAGAGCCAGCGACAUGAAGGGCAAGCUCGUGGAUUACAUCACGAAUCCACAGCAGCCACCUGUCGAGAGGCAUGUGAGCAGCUCUGACAAACUGGGCAAGCGUUACCGUGGCAUGGCACCAGUCUUCAGCAUUGACGACGAGCAUGAUGAUUUCGGUGGUCACGGUGACCUAGAUGUGUCUGUCCAAGAAGAGGAGAGCAUUAGCACCUGGGUGAAAAAGCCUGAAGUUCUUGGGCACUUCAAGUGUGAAGAAAUCAAAGAGAAUGGACAUCUCUACCCUAGUCACUUGCUAGUUACCGAGACUCACCUCUACCUGCUGCGCGAGCUUAGCCACAAGAAGGGAACCGCUCGGGUGGUGUCGCAGCGGCCCCUGCUUUCGGUGCUCAAAAUCACCAGCAAGAAGCAGCACCCCGAGCUGAUCACCUUUAAGUACGGCCUCAACGACAAUGCCACAGGCACCUUCACGGUCGUCGCCAUGGAGCGCCUACUCAUACCUAAGGCCAAGGAAGCCACCCAGCUCGUCAAGGCCCAGAUAACCAAGCUGCUCGAGGAGACCGAAGCUAGGUAAUGGGAGCAGCACGACCAUUUGAGGUCAGCAUAAACGGGAUCAAGCAAAAACAGUCAGCAAUCCAUCAUGAGCCAAAUGCUGCACCAUGGCAAGAUUGGGAUGGUGCAACACUUAGAGCACAUUUUUCUUUUACAACAAUGACACGUUAUAUUGACGUCUUAACUGGCCCUUUUUUCUUGAGGUUAUUGCAAACCUGCUUGCAUCCUUUAGGGAUGUUUUCUUUAUGCUUGCUUGAGGGUGUGCUUUGAACUGACCGGACAGAAUGCAUACUAACAGCUACUUGUUAGUUGCCUGUUUCUUUUGUACUGGAAAUGUGUUCUUAGUCUGUAGACAAAUUGUAGAUCACCAAGAAUUAUGGUGGAGAGACUGUUGCGCAACUUGUUUUGUGUGCGUGAAACUUGCAGGUUUUGCAACAGGAGUUCAUAUGGUGUGUUCUUCAAAAUGGAUUGCAGACAAUUUGUUGCACAAUGAUCAUUAAUCUAGAACAAAGCACCUUUGCUUUGUCUCGUAGGUGCAACAAAUGAAGGGCACGUGGUGCCCUUAAAUAUUUUUGUCGAUAUUGUUUUUAGCUUUAGCCAGUAUGAUUGUCUCACUCACGCUGUAGAGUCCUCAGUGCUGAGAGGCCUAUGUUCAGUAUCUAAACAUCUGGUGAUAGUAUAUUUACUGGUGGCAUCAUUAGACUGCGAGUCAAUGAAAUCACACAGAUUGCAUUGAAAUGCAAAUUUGCAGCACCUUUUAUGUGCAGUACUCAAGUAGGUGUCGCCAAAUGUAGUUUUGCGGCUUGAAUUGUAAAAACAGAAUACCUAGGGACGUAUUUGCCAGAUUUCCUGCAGUACUUCUGGAGAUGCAACAUGAAUUUUUUUAUUUACUUAUUUUAGGGCAAUUUACGCAAUUCCUUGCUUAAGAUAUAGCAAGAGCUGAAUUAGCCUCCUGCAUACCCCUGACCACGGAAAGUACUAGGUAGUUACAUUGCCAGUAAAUUUUCUACCUCUAUCACAUAAUAACAAAUGCUUGGACAAUUUAUUUAAAGCACUUAAUCCCGCUUUGAUGGCACCAUUUCAGUUGUGUAAGGAGAAUAGUGACAAUCAUGAGCCCAUUUGUAAGCCUGCCUUAUUUUCACUCUUAAGGGACCGCAGUAAGCACUGUCCUAAUUAUUUCUUGCAAUGCCAGUCUGUCUUAAUUAGUUCUUGCAAUGCACAGGGCUGCAAAGCAAUUGGAAUAUAAAGAGGCUUAGUUUUUUUUAAUUAUUUUUUCUUCUUUGCUGGCGUUGCACGCCUGUAUCUUCAAAAUUAGAUGGGAAGACUGGUUUUUCCGUUUUUGGUUUGACGCUGAAGAAGAGGGAAUGGGGCAUGAAGGACAGUAUGUAGAAUUACUUGUAACACUUGAUGUAGUACUAAGUCUAACUAAACCCGUGACAGGUUGAACUCCCUUCAACAGCUGCCUUCAUUCUUGGUGUCGCAAGUUUUCCUGUGACAGAUAAGAGUUGAGACACAAGUUAUGUUGUCGAGCGCAAUGUCUGCAAUCAACGAAAAUGAGUGUUAUAGCAGCCAGUGUCGAAUUUUUAUACUUGGUUUAUUGAACAGUACAUUUUGAAAGCGAAAAGUGCUUGCGAUACUUUUGUGGGUUCUGUUCUAUGAAGUUUCCUGCUUGUCUGUCAUACAUUGUGCAUAUAAAGCAAGCUAUCUCUACCACUUUAUAGUUCUUUUGUGCAGAACGGAAACUUUUUCCCCGGUGGUGCCAUUCCCCUUAUUUACACUUGUUCUACAACACUCAAAUCGUCUUUUCCUACAAAUUUCUAGAAAUCUUCUGUGUUGAAGCAGGUCAUUGAAAACAAAAGGCCGUGUUGUUCCGAAUGUACAAAGUUAAAUAGGCUCAAGAUCUAUGAAUGAUGUCACUUACUUUUGCUUUAAAAGUUUUCACCGCAGAUUGUUCAUGGGAUUCCAUGUAACCUAGAUUUAUGAUGCGUUAGUGCAGUUGCUGUGAUUCAGGGCCUAUGCUGUUUCAUUGUGCCAACUGUCAGGAUUCCAAAUUGCAUUAUAUAUAUGAGACCGGACUAGUUGAUAAUCGAAAUUGUAGCUGUGUACUCCAGCGGAUUUCCUCUAGCAGACCAACUCUAUCGAAAAGGCUCUGAAACACAAUUUAUUAAAACCUCAGCAGGAUGUUGUAAUGUGUGCGAGGACUUUCAACGAAUAUAUAUUGCCAGAUGAAUUAUUGAAAUGGACUUAUACGAAUGGAGAUAUAAGGAUCGCAAUGUUUAAAACCUUCCCCAUUCCCCCUCAAUUCAAUCACCCCCGCCUCCCCCCCCCCCCCCUUUUUUUUUUCUCACCGUGGUGUCCACAGUCCUUGGACGAAGGUGCCUGAAAGCAACAAAGGAGGGUGAAACAUGUCAACAAGUGCAGCUUGAAUUGAGAUCCCUUCAAGUUUGUCUCAAAGGGAGUCUAAUUGCAAUUGAAGUGUGUCAUUGUAAAAAAAAAGCCGAGGACACAUAAGCACUUCUUAUGAGUUGUGAAUGCAAAAGCAUUAAUGUCCAAUUGAACGUGGCUGAGAAGUCCAUCGAGUUUUGUGCUGCGAGUAAUGUACCAUAACUGUACGUGCUGCCCAAGCCAGCCAGCAGCAGCAGCCUGCAAUACCAAUGCCGCAUGCCACCGACAUCCUACACGACGAGAGACUCUCCCUUCAUGCAACACCUGGCGCGCUACCACGGCAGCACGUGUUCCCGUUCGCCCACUCUGCUCCGUUGAGGCGCGCUCCAGACGUGGCGUUGCAGCCAUUGGGAAUUCAGGUGCCGUUUCGCUGCUUCAGAUGAUAAACAUUUUUUUUUGCUCAGUGAGCCAUUUGAAGCUUUCGCAUCAAUGACAUUUGGUAAAUGAAGCAUCUGUUUCUUGUUUACAUGUUUCUAACUUUUGCCAAGCACAGGAGCUGGCAUACUAUUAACCAUAUUGUCCAGACCUCUUAUCUUUUUUUUAACGAGCUGUUUAUGGUUUAUAUCAGCCUCUUGUAUUGCUCUAUUUCGUAACCUUUUUGUCUAAAGCCUAUUAAAUUAAAUUUCUUUGCUCAAUAUGAUUUUGUAGCAUGUGGUUGACAAAGCACAAGUUAGUACUGUACUAGAUGAACUAAGUUUUGUGUAUGUUCAUGUAGUAUUGUCGUUGCCGUAGUUGCUGUAAGGUGUACAUGUGGUGAUAUCAAGAAGCCGAUUAUCUCGCUACUGCCUCUACAUUGUGCACUGGGUUUCUUCAUUUUCGUACAAAAGCGUUACUAUUUAUAUCUGCAGCAAUUGUUAGUUGAAAUCAAUGAACCAAGCAUUUAUGUUCAAGUCACCUAGAGAAAAGGACCAAUGAACACAUUCCCAUGGUUGAAGUACAUGUUUUAAAGGGAUGCUAAAAAGAAAUAUUAAGUCCAGUUAUCUUUCUAUGCUGUGCUUCUCGAAUACAGAACGGGUUAUUUGUAGCAUGAGCGGAUUCUUGUGAGCCAGAAAGAGUCUGAAAACAAAAAAAUGGGCAGUGCCUUAAAAUAGCUGACCAUGACGUCCUAGAUUUUUGCACCAUGUGUUGGGGACUGGUUAAUUGUUUAUGUAUUAGGAAGUUACACUUGCACUUGAAAGUAAGCAAAGAUUCAAACUGGGGGCAACUUUUCGGAAUGUUUUCCCUGUACAAAUGCACCAAAUAUGCAAGAACACCCUGAAAGCUAUGGCAUCAGAUAGAUGCUGACGUUUUGGUGCUAAAUUAAUAAAGGGGACUUCGGCCUUUAAUUUCUCUGCUUAUAAUCAACCAUUUUAUGUUACAUAAAUGCAAAUAGAACUUGGAAGAUUACCUGUCUAAACUGGUUUAAUGUUUCUUUUCAGUUUCCCUUUAGAUAUAUUAAUAUUAUUAUUUGCAUUUAACCACAAUGAUACGAUUGUUCUGUACUCUUAGAGUUUUUAUUUUACUUUCCUCCUGCUGUAUUGUACUAACGUAAGUCCUUCAUAAGGAGGUGCACAAAAGAAUGUCUAGUGUACAUUGUUCCGGUGCUUCUUAUGGUAUACAGAUAUCAUGCUUUGAUCACAUUGCUGUACCAAAUAGAGCUUGCAUGAAUGGCCUGUUUUGAGACGUUCUGGAAAAGGCACUAGAGGCAAAUAUUAAGUGUAGCCGGAGUGAUGAAAUUAUUAUGAUUUUGAAAAUCACUCGGCUUUUGUUCUGCAUAAAAGAUUACUUAAGCAUUAAAAAAAUUGCAUUUAUAGACAGAACCUAUAACCAGAACCUAUAACCUGAAAAAAUGGGUGGUCAUACAUCAUCCGCGCAUGGGCACGGCACGGGAUUUUGGAAAUUUGGGUGACUGGAUGCUGCAGCCUUUGGCCAAUCAGAGGGCUUAUAGCUCUGACAGAGCUAUGUGAAAGAAUAGAAUUGGUGAAUUUGGUUAGAAAGUCCUUUAAAAUUAGCCAGAGUGCAUUGUGUUUACAUUCAUCACUAUCUUUUUUUUUUACUUGGUUGGCUACUAUAUACUAAUUAUAUAUUUAUAUAUUUACAGACUAUGUCAUUAGGGAGAGGUUAUUUUCAGAGAGGUGGCAUUGACCCUAUUCUAUGCUUGUCAUUUUCUUAUAAAAGCAGCGUCCUCAAUAUUAGUGACACCUUGGAGGUUUCAAUGUCUAUCACUUCGGCUUGCUUUUUAAUCUUUGCCUUUAGUGUCCUUUUAAAGCAGUGUGCUUAUAUAUAGCGUUAAUUUAUAUUCUGAGGACAUUUUUGCUGGGGUAUUGGGGAAAUACUGUUUCACACCUUCCGUCCCUUUGACAGCCCUGGAAAAUUUCUUUGGGCGGUUUUGGCAAAGCCUGUGUUGACUGUGAGGUUGAAUGUUGUAUGCUUGUAGAUGUGCAACCGUAGUUGAAAUUGACCAAAAGUUGUACAACUAAAUGUUUGGCAGAUGCUGCGCAUGUGAUUGUUACUCAAGUAAGAGGCCUCUGUUGGUGCCAGAUUCAACUUUCGGUUUUAUCAUUUUGUUGGUAAGAUGUAAAUAGUAUUUUAUAUAUGUUGAUAGUGUUAGAUGGCUAUGUGUUCUGCUGUACAAUCUAUAUAGCCUUCUUGUACAUUCAAUAAAGUGUCAGUGGAAGCUC